UCCUCAGUGUUUUUCUCUCUUGCGUGUUUCAUUGAGUGUAAACAGAGUCUUGUCUCUGUGUAUUUUAGUGUUGAGACGAUGCAGGAUACUACAGUGUGUGACAGUAAACAGAGCUUACAGGAGGAUCAAACCUCCACAGAGUCUCUGGAUUCUGUCUGUAACGCUGGAGAACAGCAGCAGAUCCUGCAGACCAAACUGAAGAUGUGUUCAGUCAAACUCAUCGACUGCACGAACCUCAUGAUGAAGAUUAAAACGGAACCCCCAGAAAUCAAAACGGAACCCCCAGAAAUAAAAACUGAACCCACAGAAAUCAAAACCGAACCCACAGAAAUCAAAACUAAACCCACAGAAGAGGAAGAUCGCACUGAGGAAGAUGAUGAUUUUAUUCCAUCAGGUGUGAAGAGUGAUUCAUGUUUGGAUAUAGAAAUAACGUCCUCAACAUCAAAAGAGCGACUGACAGCACAAACUCUUUCCUGCAUCACCUGUGGAAAGACAUUCAGCUCACAGAGACUUUUAGAGAGACAUGAGAGAAAACACACAGAACAGAAACUCUUCACCAGAUCUGAGAUCAGCUUUACUACCUUACAAGAGAAGAAACUUCAUUCAGAAGACCACAGAGAGAAGAAGAAGAAGAAGCAGUUUCACUGUGAGCAGUGUGGGAAGAUUUGUGUCUCUUCCUAUAAACUAAAUGUUCACAUGAGGAUACACAGUGGUGAAAAGCCUUUCAACUGCACUGAAUGUGGAAAAUACUUCAGAAUAAAAAAAAAUCUUAAAAUUCAUCAGAGAGUUCACACUGGAGAGAAACCUCAUCACUGUAGUGUCUGUGGGAAGAGUUUUGUUCAACAGUCAAACUUACUUUAUCACAAGAGAAUUCAUACAGGAGAAAAACCUUUCAAAUGCUCUCAGUGUGACAAGACGUUUGCUCAGUUAGGUUCCUUACAAGCCCAUCAGAGAGUUCAUACUGGAGAGAAACCUUAUCUCUGUAGUGUCUGUGGGAAGAGUUUUAGUCAACGGGCUUCAUUACUAAAUCACACGAGAGUUCAUACAGGUGAAAAACCUUACAAAUGCUCUCAGUGUGGCAUGACAUUUGCUCAGUCAGCUUCCUUAAAAUACCAUCAGAGAGUUCAUACUGGUGAGAAACCGCAUCACUGUAGUGUCUGUGGGAAGAGUUUUGUUCAACAAGCAAACUUAUCUAAGCACAAGAAAAUUCAUACAGGUGAAAAACCUUUUAAAUGCUCUCAGUGUGACAAGAAGUUUACUUGUUCAAGUAACUUAAAAUACCAUCAGAGAGUUCAUACUGGAGAGAAACCUUAUCACUGUAGUGUCUGUGGAAAGAGUUUCUCUAAUUUAAAUCAUUUAAGAAUUCAUCAGAGAGUUCACACUGGAGAAAAACCUUAUCACUGUAAUCUCUGUGGGAAGAUGUUUAGUGUACGUGAUACCUUACUAAAGCACAAUAGAAUUCAUACAGGUGAAAAACCUUACAAAUGCUCUCAGUGUGACAAGACGUUUAAUUGUUCAAGUAACUUAAAAACCCAUCAGAGAGUUCAUACAGGUGAAAGACCUUUCAAAUGCUCUCAGUGUGACAAGAAGUUUACUUGUUCAAGUAACUUAAAAACCCAUCAGAGAGUUCAUACUGGAGAGAAACUUUAACACUGCAUGUUUUUGGGAAGAGUUAAUCAACAGUCAAACUUUGUAAAGCACCAGUGACAAGUGUUGGGCAAGCUACUUGGAAAAUGUAGUGAGCUAAGCUACCAGUUACUUCAUAUUAAAUGAAGCUUCACUACACUGAAGCUACCCCCCUGGGAAAUGUAGCAAGCUAAGCUACAUCAAUAGUAGCUUGCUACAUCCAAGCUACUUUUUUAUUUUUAACCAGUUUUAUUAUGUUACUAUUUAUUCAGUUUCAAUUGAUCAUUUUGGUAAUUAUAGGCAAUACAAGCAUAAUGUAGGCCUAGGUACUUCACAUUAUGGGGCGGUUUGCUGGACAGGUCUUAUCCUACUAAAAAAAAAAAAAAAAAUUGGUCUUAUCCUACUCCCAGAAUAAAAUGCAUGUUUGAGCUGCCUUAAUUUAAAAACACCUUGCCCUGACAUAUUUUAACACAGGGGUCUCCAAACGUGGUGCCCGCGGGCACAUUCUAUUAAUAGUUUCAAUUGUAAUAUUUAUUACAUGUUUUUAUAUUAGCUUGGCUUGAUGACAUAACCCAGUCAGAGGUAAAGCACGAGUCUUCACAGAAUGCGAGUGGUAAUGUUUUGUAUGAAUGAAGGAAGGCUGCACAACUCGAAAAUACGGGACAAACGACGUCCUGUGUUGAUUCAAAAUGACGAGCUUAUUCUCAAAUUCAGGACGACUUCAAAAUUUUUUGGAAAAUUGUAGCUUGUGUGGACGCUACCUCACUACUUGGUCAAGAAAAGAGCUUAGCUACUGAAAAGCUAUUUGAUUUAGAAAGCAGCUAAGCUACCGCCAAGCUACUGAAAAAUGUAGUUAAACUAAAUAUUGUUAAAAACAAGUUAAUAGUAAAAUAAGAGCAAAUAAUCAAAUUAUGAGCAAUAUCACAGAUAAAUAGAACAGAACAAACAUACAAAUGAAAUAAAACUGUGCUGCUCAUGGUUUCAGAUGGACCUAACAGUACUGUAUUAUGGAGGAUGAAAAAUGACUUAAAGGUCCCAUAUUUGAAAGUUUUAUUUUAGGUUAUGAUGUCCUAAAGGGAUAGUUCACACAAAAAUGAAAUUUCUGUUAUUUUUUAUUUUCAUGUUGUUAGAAACUAGGGCUGUUCCGAAUACCAUUUUUUGAGCUUCGAAGCUCUAGUAGAAAUAAAAUCGAAUAUUCGAAGCUUCGGAAGGAGGGGCUGAACAUAUUAUUUCUCUUUAAUAAAGGCAGGAAUCUGUGUGUGUGUGUGUGUGUGUGUGUGUAUGUGUGUGUCUGUCUAUCCACAGUUUUAUUAUGUGGCGGAUGUGUUGCUGCGAACUCAAGGGAGUGUAGUGCAUUUUUUUCGUGCAAUAUGGACAUGUGACACUUCUAGAAUUAAUAAACUUUAAAAAUACUACAGAACAGCGCAAGCCGGAAGCGGCGUGC